CACUCUCCAAACAUGAAUCAUUGCGCUGCCUCAACCGCGCGGUGAACAUGGCGGACAGUGCUAGCGAAAGUGACACUGAUGGAGCGGGCAGCAGCGCUGCCACCCCACAAUGUCCCUCGUCCUCAUCUUCCAACAAACCUGGCGUCGUGAUAUCUCCAUUUCGUCUGGAAGAACUAACAAAUCGACUCGCUUCGCUGCAGCAGGAAAACAAAGUACUUAAAAUAGAGCUGGAAACGUUCAAACUGAAAUGCAAAGCCCUCCAAGAGGAGAACCAAGACCUGCGGAAAGCUAGCGUCACUAUUCAAGCUCGUGCGGAGCAGGAGGAAGAGUUCAUCAGCAACACACUCUUCAAGAAGAUCCAGGCCCUUCAGAAGGAGAAGGAGACGCUCGCGGUCAACUAUGAGAAGGAGGAGGAGUUCCUCACCAACGAGCUGUCCAGGAAACUCAUGCAACUCCAGCAUGAGAAGGCCGAGCUGGAGCAGCACCUGGAACAGGAGCAGGAGUUCCAGGUGAACAAGCUCAUGAAGAAGAUCAAGAAGCUGGAGAACGACACCAUCACCAAGCAGCUCACACUGGAACAGCUACGACGAGAGAAGAUCGACCUGGAGAACACGCUAGAGCAAGAACAAGAAGCCCUGGUCAACCGGCUAUGGAAGAGGAUGGAUAGACUGGAGGCAGAGAAGAGAAUCCUCCAGGAGAAGCUGGACCAGCCAGUGUCUGCUCCGCCAUCGCCGCGGGACAUCUCCAUGGAGAUCGACUCGCCAGAGAACAUGAUGCGGCACAUCCGCUUCCUAAAGAUCGAGGUGGAGCGGCUCAAGAAGAACCUGCGCACCACAGAACUGCAACACACGGAGAAGAGGGCGCAGUACAUCGAGGAGGAGCGGCACAUGCGAGAGGAGAACAUCCGGCUCCAGCGGAAACUGCAGCGCGAGGUGGAGCGCAGGGAGGCGCUCUGCAGGCAGCUAUCGGAGAGUGAGAGCAGUCUGGAGAUGGACGACGAGAGGUACUUUAACGAGAUGUCCGCUCAGGGACUACGGCCUCGGACCGUCUCCAGCCCCAUCCCCUACACCCCCUCGCCCAGCUCCAGCCGACCCAUAUCACCAGGGCUGACAUAUGCCAGUCACACCGUGGGCUUCACUCCUCCGACGACCCUCACCCGAGCGGGCAUGUCUUACUACAACACUCCCGGCCUUCACAUGCACGUGGGCACCUCGCAUGGCAUUACAAGACCCUCCCCGAGAAGGAGCAACAGUCCAGACAAGUUCAAGCGGCCCACGCCGCCCCCCUCCCCCAACACGCCGGCCAGCCUACUCACUCAGGCUCCGCCUCCUCUGGCCCCUCCCAGCCAGCCCUCCGCCAGCCAAUCAGGGGCCUCGCAACAGCCUCUCCACCAAUCCCAGCAGCAGCAGCCGCCACGGGACGCAUGACUCGGCAUCAUCACCGCCGCCGUUCCACUCCUCCGUUUCGCUCCCCUCCUCCGCUGUCACCGGACAGGACUGGAGACACACAGACACACACACACAGACACACACACACAGACACACACACACAGACACACACACACAGACACACACACACACACACACACACACGCACUCCUACACACACACUCACGCAUGCAAACGCACACAUACACUUGCAAACACACACCAAUCAACUUUGCGCUUACAACCCUUACUCACCCGCGCUCCUUAAACAACUCUUACACUACCCAAAUAAACAUUAAAGUUGUCGACUUGCACUGAGAUCCUACAGACUUAACUGUGUUAUCAGUUUCACGAUAAGAGGAAAACCAAAAAAAAAAAAAGGAAACGUUUUCGUCUUUCGAAUGCAGAUGGUUGGUUGUCGCCUUGACAACACUUCAGACGUCCACGUGGUGGUGACCCCUCCUCAGUGCUUGCAAGCCCCGCCUCCCCUUAAUCCCACACUAAUGAGGCGUGACGCUUUUCUCUCACACCUGGUCUGAAGGCAUUAGUGCCUUUUAAAUUUCAAAGAAAGAGAAGAAAAAGGGAUGUUUUUUUCUGACUAGUUAUUUUAUAACAUUAAAGAUUGUCUCGAUACAAUAGACAAUGGACAUCAUCAGCUAUCAGUUUGUGCCUGUAUAACCGGACAGUAUACCUUCCAAUAUAAAGCUGCUAGUGAGAUCACAAAACAGAAAAAUGGUACUCCUUUUUUUUUUUUAGACAGGUAGUAUGAAAAAUAAGAUAUAAUGUUUUGCCCCUGGCUUUUACCUCAACUUGGUUAUAUGCAUGUGCGUAUAUGCAGUUGAAAUCGAAUGCUGAUUGACUUUCACCUGAAAGAAGUCACACUUAACCAAGUGGUUGUACGAGUUAUAGCUUGGACAAGUUGACAGCUAAAGAUGUUUUGAAGGCCUUUAAAGGUGUGUGUGUCUGUCUGUGUACGCGUGUGCGUGCGUGUGUGUCUGCAUUUGUGUGUGUGUGUGUGUGUGUGUGUGGUAAACAGUUGAAGGUUGUUGUUGUAUGUCUCGUCACUCUGUCGCAGUGGGUUCCUGUCCAGCCAGAGUUUAGAGAGAGAUGCCGAACGGAGACUUAUUAGUGCCUGUAGGGUCGACCUUGGAGCAAUAUGCAGAAUUUUGGCCUUUCUAUAAGACAAGUCCUCUCGGUUUAUGGCGACUGGUGUGUAGAGCCCCAAUAAUACUCAUCGCCAUGGAGAUUUGCCGUGGCUCUGGGGUCAGACAUUUCCUCUCUUCCUGUUGUUAUUCCAUGUACAACCAUCACCGCCGAUGCUGUCGGUGUAUUGUGAGAAGUUUGAGUUCGAUCCACAGAAACUUCACAGAAAUGUACCUGUAGAGGUAAAUACUCUCAGAAAUGUACGUACCUGUCUCCACAGGAAAAGACUCUCACUCCCCAAACAAAGAUUCUUUUUUUGUUUGUUUGUUUUUGUUUCUCUCUUCUCUGCCCCCGUACUCUGGUCAUGUCAUACAUGGGAAGUGUGUUUUGUGUGUGUGUGUGUGUGUGUGUGUGUGUGUGUGUGUGUGUGUGUUUUUUUUUGUUUGUUUGGAGUCCCUUCCUACUGAACAGCACUUUUUUGACACCUUGUUUCUUGACAUAAAGACUUCAGAAUAACCUUUUUUGUGUGCAGGUGUGUGGAAUGAAUAUCAGAAUCUGAAUCGCAGUAGGGAUCUAUUCCUUUAGGGCCAAAAGAGCACCGUUGCUCUUCUUGGGAGAUUGUCGGGUUCUCCAGGAGUUGCGUCUGAAACUGGUACCACUGUGAUAUCUUUUCAAGCAGCAUGUGUUGAUGGUGACAACUAUGCGAGACAAGAGAACCGAUCAAGAUCACUUAUGAGUGUAAAUAAGAUGUAUUUUCUGUUUUUUUAGUAAGCUUUGAAAGAGGAAAAACAAAAAGUGUUCCCGCCCAUUGCACACGCACGUGUGUUUGUGUGUGUUUGUGAUCUAGUCUUAAGCCUUUGUCAUUUCCGUGGUGAUAGUAGACUUUUGACCCUUCCUUGCCCUCACAGCUCCCAGAUUCCAGGGCGCUUUAUGUUGGACCAGCUUAGAUGUGAAACUAGAACAACACAGAGCACUUAGCUGAUAAUUUACUGUGUCCCCCACUUUAAUUAUAGUGACCAUUCACUCGAUGAAACCAAAUAUAACCCUAAAACAAAGUUGAUCAAAUCAAUAAAGUACAAAACCAAGCCUGGCCAUGUUGGAAGUGAUUUGCGUCAUGACAGCAAUGCAGCUAAUGACACUUUGACAGAAAGAAGUUUUUAACAUUCUGGAAAUUUUCUUUCUUGUUUUCUUUGUCUGUCCAUUUUUCUUUGUUUUCUUUGUUAUACUUAUAGUAACACUGUGGCCUACCUACACACACACACCAACACAUUUUCAUUAUGGUAUCGAAGCAACUCACACCUCCAUCACUGUGUUGGCGUGACUAGGAGAGGUAAUAGGUGUGAGUCUUUGGGGGAGAAUGUGGGUGCAUAUUGUCGAUUGUUUUUUGUUUUGCUAUUUCUUUUUUUUUGUUUAUCAAUUCAAACGGCACGAGGGGACUCUGAAACUAGAUUUUUUGAUGGUGUUGUUUCAUUUUGUGUGUGUAAGGGUGUCAUUUUCAAAAUGAUAUAUUGUAAACCUUUUUUUUUUUAUAUAUAUACGUUUGUCUUGUAAAUAUGCUUAAUUUGAUUGUUUAAAAUAUGUUUUACAAGGAAGUGUUCAUCUACACAUUUCAUAAUUUUACCAGAACUCACCAUCAGGUUUUGCUCUUCUGUUUCUGUUCAUCUUCUCUCUCUCCAUUUCUCUCUCUCCAUCCCUCUCUUUCUUUCUGGUAAAGCAUUUUAAUUUCAAGACUGUUGACAAAUGAAUGUAAAGUUUUGCUCAUGUAUAGCUUGCAUUAGUAAAUGGAACACCUAUGAGCCUUAUCUCACUGUGGUAUUGGUAUUUGGGGGGGGGGUGUAAGCAUAAUCUAGCUUAUCACCACAUCAACACAAUUAAAAAAGCCUUAACGUGUGGUCCACUUUUGAGUCUUGUGUCCUCACAUUGCUUUGUUAGCUUUUUCAUUUGUCAAGCAGUGGUGUGCUUCUAGAUCUUUCUAGAAGAUCCUUUGAGAGGUUGUAUUUGCUGACGAGUGAUUCUCCAGGGUUUCUCCAUCUUAACAGACAGGGGCAGCUGUGUCUGUUGAAAGUAGGUUCAGGUCAUCAUUAAUAAAGAGAUUGUGGGUACGAA